AUGGCCCUCCAUCUCCUGUGGCUGAGCCUCACCCUGCUGGGGGCCCUGCAGACCCAGGCCCAGGACUCCUCCCCGAACCUGAUCCCCGCCCCGCCGCUGACCAGGGUCCCGCUGCAGCGAAACUUCCGAGCUGACCAGUUCCAGGGGAAGUGGUACGUGGUGGGCCUGGCGGGAAAUGCGGUCUCCCAGACGGAGGACGGCCAGUUCACGAUGUACACCACCAACUACGAGCUGAAGAAAGACCGCAGCUACAACGUCACCUCCACCCUGCUCCGGAACCAGACCUGCCAGUACUUCGUCAGGACGUUUGUCCGAACCUCCCGGCCCGGCCAGUUCCGCCUGGGCAACAUUAGGGCUUACCCGGGCCUGCAGCGCUACACCGUGCGCGUGGUGGCCACCGACUACACCCAGUUCGCCAUGGUGUUCUUCAAGAAGGUGUCCCAGAACCGGGGGUACUUCAAGGUCACCCUCUACGGAAGGACCAAGGAGCUGCCCCAGGAACUGAAGGAGAACUUCAGCCACUUUGCCAAGUCCCUGGGCCUCACUGAUGACAACAUCGUCUACCCCGUCCCCAUCGACACGUGCAUCGAUGACGAGUGA